UACUAAAAGGCAUUACAAUCUUGCCCUACUGAGUUCUCAUACAUGAAACACAAGUAAGCGAAGGAGAGAAGCUUUAGUAACUAUAACUGAAAGUUAUUAAUAUAGAAAACAUUUUUUAGUUGGUGUGUAUAUACAAGAAUUGACUGAAGACCCACUUUACGCUUCGGAUAUAUAUAUACAUAAAAGAAAGAAAGAAAAAAAAACGGGAUAAGCAAGCCAGCAGUGAAGGAUAUAUAUUACUGAUGGAGACCACAUAACAUCAGGAUCAGUAUGCAGGAAGAUGACCGUAACGCCAGAGAUUGGUGCGCCAUCUGGGGGACCAUUCUUACGUCGUCCUGUCUCAUGUGCAUGGGUUUUGUUCUCCUUGUUGAUGGGAUAGACAACACGGCAGGAUAUAGCCUUCUAUUUUCUGGAGGUAUACUACUGGCGCUAUCGAUAAUGGCCGCCCUUGGCAAAUGCAGACUUAACAGGACCUACGGCCAAGGCGUGAACCACGACCCCCCUCCUUCGUACAGGUGGUCGUGGAGGAGGUCGUUCCUGAGGAGACACCCGUCCUGCAGAACAACAGACCAUCGGCUGAUUUCCCGCAACAGACAGGGAGAAAACGGAACUGUCAACCAAGCCACAGAUUCCCAAGAUGGCGAAAUUAAUGAAACUCUUUCAUCUUAUUCCGUUUCCACGAUCCGUGUGACAGGUUCUCCACGGAAUAACAUGUCUGACAUAUCUAUCCCUAUGUCUGGCACUCCUGCAGAAGGAGAAAGAUACGCGGAAGAGGGUCGUUUAAGCGUAAACACACUCAUACAUGCUCAUUCAUUUUCGUCUGUAGUUGACCCGCCAUGUUACGAAGUGGCUGUCGCUAAUAUGGACGAAGGGACGCUCAGGAAACUAAAAUCGGAGAUGGAUUUGCGUACAAUGUCUCGCGUGGUGGAGUUUGCAGAGGGAGUGAAACGACUUGGGGAGUCGUAGAGAAUGGGUGGGAUUAUAGUGCUCUGGAAUUGUGAAAAAUGGUGAUGGUGAAUGGAGAAAAAAAAAACAUUGUAAAUUGGAGAAUGGAAAUAUGAGAAAACAUGGAAGACGUAAUGGUGAAAAACAUUGUAAAACGGAGAAAGGAAACAUGAGAAAACAGGAAAGACGCAAUGAUGAAAAACAUUGUAAAACGGAGAAAGGAAACACGAGAAAACAUGAAAGACGAUAAAGAUUUAAAAAAAGCGAGUUUAAGAGAAGGUAGUCAAGGCGAGGGAAUCAGGUUCUUAUUAUCAGUCGCAUAUUCCCGACACUUUUUUGUUUAAUUAUUUAACGUGAUGCAACUUUGAGUAUUAUAUAUCAUGCAGUGCAACCGUCAGCUGUUCUCUCAAUCAUUAUGCAACAUAUCUCUCUUAAUAUGUAAUUGUCAGCUGUUAUUUCUCUCAUUACGUGUGUUGCAUCACGACAACAGAAGAGCAAAGUCGACAUUUUCCUUCGUGAUCGAAUGAUUUCUCACACCUCAGUUCCCCUUUAUUAUUAUUAAGAUUCUCUAUACAUGAUGAUUAUUUUUGAUAGUUGUAGCUUUUAAGAGACUGUGUUGCGCUUUGUGAUAUUCCUGUUUUUCUUUUAUACUGUUAAUAAAAAUGUGAAAAAUUCGUA